CGAACUUCUUUCUUCUCAUGUUUUCAUGUUUUCACGUUUUCUAUAACUAUAACUAACUGAAGUUGUAAACCUGCUAGCUACAACUUGAACCUCCUCACCAUUCCUAACCCAACAAAAAACACCAUGGGAUCGGGUAAAGUAGAGGUCAUACAAUACCUUGUCGACACCCGUCAAUUAUGGCCCGGGGCGACCAAGACAAAAGACCUCGAGAAAGAGGCGUCGCGCGCAUUGGCCCUCCUCACUGAGGAUGAGAAGAAGGCAGUGCUAAGAUAUUAUUUUGUCGCCGAUGCGAAGAUGUCGCUUGCUUCGCAUCUGCUUAAGCACUGGGUCGUCAGCAAAUAUGCUGGCGUUUCGUGGUGGGAUACUAAGCUGACGCGGGACGAAAAGACUAAGCCCGUCUACGUAGACCCUGCUACGGGCAAGCAACCCGUCGCGUUCAAUGUUAGUCACCAGGCCGGCAUCGUCGCUCUCGUAGCUGUGGCCGGGUAUGACGGUAAAGUUGAUGUUGGGACAGAUGUAGUUUGUACGAGCGAGCGUCGUGCGCGCGACUAUAAGGUUAUCAAUACGGAGGGCUGGGGUAGUUUCGUCGACAUGCACUCGGAUGUAUUCGGUCGGUCGGAGGCGGGCUACCUGAAGGGUGACCUGUUGAGCACACAGCCAGGCCUGCCUCCGCUGGCACGCGGCGAUGAAAUCAUCGACUUCAAGCUGCGAGCCUUCUACACGCUCUGGUGCUUACGCGAGGCCUACGUUAAGAUGACGGGCGAGGCGCUCCUGGCACCAUGGCUCAAGGACCUCGAGUUCAAGCACUUCCGGGCUCCGCACCCCGGCCAGGGGUUCGUGCAACUACCGGAUGGCGAGGUCGUCGAGAAGCAGGAGAUCAUCAAGGACCACGAGAUCUUGUUCCACGGGAACAAGGUCGACGAUGCAAAUAUCUGCCUGCGCUCCCUAGGGCCGGACUACAUGACCUGCUCUGCCAUCCGGACCCCGGACCGCAAGGAAGACGCCCUCAGCUGGGACUUGGGACCGUACGAGUUCCUGCCGAUGAACCAGAUCUUGUCUGACGCGGAAGACCGGCUAGACGACUGAUUUGCUGGACCGGGUCAUCUUGUGCAUUACGAAGAUUACGAAGUUGAUUUGAGGGUAUUAAUGAAACGCGUGUUCUCAUAUAGGAUGCUUUUUCAUACGGUCCUGAAAUAUGAACAUUUCCUAGUCACUAGACCACAUCUCUUUUCUAUCUAGAGUAGUUGCCUACCGGACCUAGGUUCCGUUGGAUUGCCACUGACCAGCCGCAGCCUAGGCGGCGAAGAUGGUGUGUGUCGAUAGCCUUGCUACGGCUUUUACAUAGAGGAGGGUUGUGGUCACAUCGCUCUACAACCGACUCCUGCAAGGUGAUGGCAGUAUGCGCCAGAUGAUCUUCGUUUGAGACUACCUAACAUGACUUUUUUGUGGCACUGUAGUUCAUCGUGAUAUUCACUAGUUAAUCUAGAUUUGGCCAUAUGGUUUGUUGUAGCAUUUCGAGGCGCGAGACUAAUUAUAACUAAUGCACAUACAUAAACAUGUUGCUAUAUUCACUUUGUAUUGUAAGUUGGGCUAGAGUCUAAGUUGGGGUUGUGAAUGUUUAUGUAGACUUUAUUCAAUGAUCAUGUUGAGAAAUACCAAAUAGUAUUUUCUCUUAGUUGUGGGAUGCGAACCUUGGUGAUGCGUUAGGUACCUACCUAGGUUAGGUACAUGUAGCUUUAGAAAACGAGAUAUAUAAAUCU